AUGCUACAAAUCUAUUAUUAUCGUGUUCGUGAAAAGUAUAGAAAAUCUGACUCGGACAAAGGAGUAACUCCUCUACAGCCAAAGCGUAUUGAUUCACAAACAUCAGUAUAUCUAUCAAGGAAUAAAGAAUUCCUGGAAAUUUUAAUAGGACUCGUUGGGGUCUGUGUUGCUGGAGUUAUCAUGUAUUAUAUCUCUACUCUAUUUAGAAAGGAUGAAAAGGACGAUCAACAUGACAUGAAAUUACUACCACAGAUUUUUGGUUGGUGUAGCGCUAUUUUCUAUCUUAGUGCAAGAGUUCCUCAAAUUAUUCAAAACUAUAAGUCACGAUCCACUAAAGGAUUGUCACUAGCUAUGUUCUGCUUUUGUUUUUUUGGAAACGUUGCAAAUUUCAAUACUACUUUACUCAAUGGAGACCAAGUACUUACUCGCAAACAUUCCUUGGUUGGUAGCAAAUGGUGGAGAUAUAUUUCUUGA